CAUGGACUGGCCUCAGGCUACUGAAGGACAAGGGUGUGGAGGCUGCCCUGGUCCAGCUCCAAGCCAAGCCUGGCCCAUGGCAUUGGCACGCACCUGCACUCCUGGCUAUAUAAAUACAGGCCUCCAGCUGGGGCUGUGUCCUCAGGGCUGCUCUCGCCAUGGCUCGCUGGCACAUCCUGGUCUUGGCCCUGUGCUCCUACCUUGGGGUAGCCUGGGCUGCGACCCUGGGGGUGGUGCUCACCGAGGGAGGAUUUGUGGAAGGCGAGAGUAAGAAACUGGGACUCUUUGGGAGCUACGUCGACAUCUUCAGAGGGAUUCCCUUUGCUGCCCCUCCAAAGAGACUGGAAGAUCCCCAACCUCAUCCUGGCUGGGAUGGAACGCUGGAAGCAAAAACAUUCAAAAAGCGCUGUAUGCAAAUGAAGCUGACACAGACUGAUGUCCGCGGGAGUGAGGACUGUCUGUACCUGAACAUCUGGAUCCCUCAAGGGAGGAGAGAGAUCUCUACAAAGCUGCCCGUGAUGGUUUUUAUCUACGGUGGCGCCUUCCUAGUCGGAGGCAGCCAGGGAGCCAAUUUCCUGGACAACUACCUGUACGAUGGGGAGGAGAUCGCAGUGCGGGGCAACGUCAUCGUGGUGACCGUCAACUACCGCCUGGGGCCGCUGGGCUUCCUGAGCACCGGCGAUGAAAACCUGCCAGGGAACUACGGGCUCAAGGACCAGCACAUGGCCAUUGCCUGGGUGAAGAGGAACAUCAAGGCCUUUGGGGGUGACCCAGACAACAUCACCAUCUUUGGGGAAUCGGCCGGUGCCGUCAGCGUCUCCCUGCAGACGCUGUCUCCAAAGAACAAGGGCCUGUUCAAGAGAGCCAUCAGCCAGAGUGGGGUUGGGGUAUGCAGCUGGGCCAUCCAGAGGGACCCGCUCUUCUGGGCUAAAAAGCUUGGAGAAAAGGUGGGCUGCUCCACAGACAACACCACCAUCUUGGCCAACUGCCUGCGCAGCUCUGAUCCCAAAACUUUGACACUGGCCUACCACCUGCAGCUGACCAACCUGCCCAUGCCCCUGGUGCACACCCUCGCCCUCACUCCUGUCGUCGAUGGGGAUUUCCUCCCAGACAUGCCAGAGAAGCUCUUUGCCAACGCUGCCGACAUCGACUACCUGGCCGGGGUCAAUAACAUGGAUGGGCACAUCUUUGCCGGCGUGGAUUUACCUGCCAUCAACCGCCCGCUGGUGAAAAUCACUGCGGAGCAGGUGUAUGAUUUGAUCAAAGGCCUCACUGUGGACAGGGGCGAGGCUGGAGCCAACGCCACCUACAACAUCUACACACAGAGCUGGGGUGACAAACCCAGUCAGGAGGUCAUGAAGAAGACAGUGGUGGACCUGGUCACUGACUACAUCUUCCUGAUUCCCACACAGUGGGCACUGAACCUGCACCUGCAGAAUGCCCAGAGUGGCAAGACCUACAGCUACGUGUUCUCCCAGCCGUCCCGCAUGCCUGUCUACCCCAGCUGGGUCGGGGCAGACCAUGCUGAUGACCUGCAGUACGUGUUUGGGAAGCCCUUUGCCACCCCCCUGGGCUACCUGCCCAAGCACAGGACCGUCUCAAAGGCCAUGAUUGCUUACUGGACCAAUUUUGCCAGGAGCGGUGAUCCCAACAAAGGCCAUUCGGACGUGCCCGUUUCCUGGCCAGCCUACAGCGACAAGGGCAAGUACUACCUGGAUAUCAACAACGAGAUGAACAAAAACUCUGUGAAGCAGGACCUGAGAUCCCGGUUUGUGACCUUCUGGAACUCGGUCUAUCGGCAGCUGCCGCAGGUCGCCAACAUCUCCCAGUCGGAGUUAAUGUUCUAAAGCUAAGAAAGAAAUAUAGUUUAGAGAUCAUUAAAGGCUUGCUUGUAACUGA